AUGUUCAAAUCUGUUGGGGAAGUUGUUGGUGUUAGGCUUAUUGUAGAUGACUGUGGUGAGAAUGUGGGUUGUUGCUAUGUUGAGUUUGCUUCUGCUAACGAAGCAAAGAAGGCGGUGCAAGAGAAGAACGGUACUAGUAUUUUUGUUCAAGUGGCUGAGAUAGCUCGAUCAUACCCUUUCCGACACAAGUACAAGCUUGCAGAGAAGCUUUGGUACGAAGACAACCUUCGAGUAGAAAGACUUGAUCCAGAUAGACAUGUUCUGAAGAUACACAAGACAAUCUACUACGGCUCUAGGAUUGGAAGAUGA